CUUAUUAAAAUAAGGUGCAUUAGCGUAUUUAACACUAAUAUUUUAAUUCCGUCCAAACAACAAAGACUCAUUUAAUAAUAAAGACUAUUUUAGCUAUAUGUGUAUAUAUUAAAUUGUCAGGGAAGGUGAGAUUGUUGUCUCUGUCUUAGAAUAUAUAGAGAGAAACGAAAAGUAGAAGUAAGAAAAUAUAUAUGCGAAAGUGGUUAAGAGAUUAGUGUCGGUGGUUUUUUGAACUUCUCUUUUGCAGUUUCGUGUUCCUCUCAUCUCUUCUUGGCCCACGUGUUCAUCAGUCUCCCUCCGCAUUGAUGGAAGUGGCGGCGGCUGUUCCUACUUCGGCGGUUGCGACGGCGAGGAAGAGAGAGAAACCGUAUAAAGGGAUAAGGAUGAGGAAGUGGGGGAAGUGGGUGGCGGAGAUAAGAGAGCCUAACAAACGGUCGAGGAUCUGGCUUGGCUCUUACUCAACUCCCGAGGCGGCGGCGAGAGCUUACGACACGGCGGUGUUCUAUCUCCGAGGUCCGUCUGCUCGGCUUAAUUUCCCGGAGCUUUUAGCCGGCGUUAAGGUAGCGGGAGGAAACGGCUGUGGGGAUAUGUCGGCGGCUUACAUAAGGAGAAAAGCGGCGGAGGUUGGAGCGCAAGUGGAUGCGUUAGAAGCGGCGGGAGGGAAUCGUCAGCAUCAUCAUCAACAAUAUCAACGUGGUAAUCAUGAUUACGUGGAUGAUGAUCAUAGUGUUAAUCAUAGUGAUUAUCGUCUUAACGAUGGUCAGCAUGAGUGUACUAGUAAGGAAGGGUUUAAGAGGUGUAACGCGUCAUGGGAAGCGGUCGAUUUAAACAAGUUACCGGACCCGGAAACUUCAGAUGACGAUUAGGAAGGGAAUCCACUUAAAACCAAACCAAAAAAAAACAAAAACGUUGUAGAAGUAAGAUUUUUAGAGAAUGUUUGUCUUUAUGAUGCGCGGAGGUUGCUAACAUGCACCUCUUUACUGAGUUUGUGAUUACUGAUUUUUACUACUGCUACUAUUAGUGUAAUGAUAUGUUUUCCAUAAAUAGUUUUCACUCGAUCACUCCUUUCUAAAUUUAAAUCAUCGUAAAAGUGUUAAAUGUUUGGUUGUGUUCAAACUC